AUGACACCGCAGACCUCCAAGUCUUCACGCAAGGCCGGGCACAAGUCCUCGCACAAGAAAGAGUUAAAGAGAGAUAAAAGUGCGAGCAAGUCCAAUAUGUCGCUCGAAACUAUACGAUCCACACCUCCGGGGUCUACUUUACGCGAACUCACGCCCAAGUCUUCAUCGGACCAGAAGCCUAUGACGGACGCCGUUUCUACCAAGCCCAUGAACCCCUUUGAACUACCGGACCUCCCGGGCCCAGAGUUCAUUGUCCCUCGCGAGUUGGGGUUGGGUAUAUUUGACUGCUCGUCCGAGAAGGAGACUUCAUACGAGCCAGUCUCCGAAUACCCGAUGCAGCACAACGAAGUUCCCACUCCAUACACCCCGGGUCUACACGCGGUAUCGCAGUACAAUGAGCGCAUCUGGAGCCAGUGUGAGAGCGCGAGUGACACCUUGUUGGCGCGCCAGAUGUACGAUGAGCUGUAUGAUAUCUCGACUCGCAUUGAAGAUAUUAUGCGUGGGAUUAGGGUAAUGCUGGAGAAUAAGGGGGCGAUGGAUGAUUGUCAUGAAUAUGAUGGUUUUGGAUGUCAUUUUGAUGGUUAUGAUUUUGAGCCUGAGUUCGCUGAUGGGUUCAUGGAUGGUCCUGAGAACCCCUUCGAAUUGAGCGAUGGGGAAGGCAAUGCACUUUUUGUGAGCUCUGAUGAACGCACUUGCCCUGGUGAUUCUGGUGGCGUACCUGAGGAUGAAUAG